CUCCUGGUCACCUCGGGAAUGAAGGGCAUUGCUGUCUUCUUUGUCUUCAUCCUCUACUGGACAGCCUCCACCCUCAGCAGCUUCUGGCAGUUCCAGAGGAUGGUCAAACACAUCACAGGGCGCAGCGCCUUCUUCUCCUAUUACGGAUAUGGCUGCUACUGUGGGCUUGGGGGCAAGGGACUCCCUGUGGAUGCCACAGACAGGUGCUGCUGGGCUCAUGACUGCUGCUACCGUAAGCUUAAGGAAUAUGGCUGCCAACCCAUCUUGAAUGCCUACCAGUUCACCAUUGUCAACGGGACGGUGACCUGCAGAUGCACCGUGGCCAGCAGCUGCCUCUGCCGGCAGAAGGCCUGUGAGUGUGACAAACAGUCUGUGUACUGCUUCAAGGAGAACCUGGCCACCUACGAGAAGGCCUUCAAGCAGCUCUUCCCAACCAGACCCCAGUGUGGCAGGGACAAACUCCAGUGCUAG